AUGGAAGAGAUUAAUCCAAUAAGUACAGGAUUUUUUACUAGUGGUAGUAAUAUAUGGAACAAUGAUUAUGGAUCACUACCUUAUGAAGGUUAUAGCGUGAUGGAGAUGGCUUCUAUGAGAGUACUCACUCCGCCAUGGCGAGGAUGCGUGGUUUCAAUGGCGAUGGAUUAUCUCGACUGUCAAUAUUUACAAGCAGUGAUCGAAGAGGGUGAUCCAACAUAUGUUGCUAUGAUCCUCUCUGAGAUAAAGGAUUAUUUACACCAGCUCAUGAAACAUCAGUUUGGCAACUAUUUGAUUCAAAAGAUUUUUGAAGCAAAGAAAGGCAUCACUAAUAUCCAAAUAGAUUCUAUUGUUUACUUGAUUAUCUAUGAUACUCACAAGUUAAGAGACGUCUGCAAGAACAAUCACGGAACUCGAGUUAUGCAAAUAAUGUUAGAGAAUAUAAAAUGUCCAGUCACAAAAUAUGCAGUAUUGUAUAUGAUGAAGCCUAUCAUUGAUGAAUUGAUGAAAAAUGUUAAUGGUGGUUAUGUGAUUAUGCAAUGUGUGAAGGUUUUUCCACCCACACUCAAAAAGGUGAUCUUGGAUGAAUUAGCAAAAUAUUGUGUUGAAAUUGCAACACACAAGAUUGGAUGUUCAGUUCUUCAAACUUGUCUUAAAGAUAGUGAGAUACUAGCCAUGGGCUUGAUAACAUCAAUAAUCUCAAAUGCUAUGUUGCUAGCAGAAGAUUGUUACGGAAACUAUGUGGUGCAAUUUGUAAUUAAAAUGAAGUUUCCCUUAGUAAAUAAACGGAUGAUAGCAGAACUUUGUGGAAAAUUUGUUAGACUCUCUAUGAACAAGCAUGCUAGCAAUGUGGUGGAAGAUUUAAUGAAAUGUUCUAAUCAAGAUGAUGUUAAUGCUAUAGUAGAAGAGCUAAUAAAAAGCACUGGUUUCUUGAAUGUUAUUCAAGAUCCUUAUGGGAAUUAUGUUGCACAAAGAGCACUAAAAUGCACUAAGGGCUAUCUACGUAGAAAACUUUCUUUUACCAUUCGAUCCUACCGCAUCGAGCUUCAAAACCAUCCACAUGGGAAAAUAGUGUUGGACAAUGCCAAAUCUAGCAAGCGACGAUUUUUAUAUUUGAAGGAUCACAACAACUUUUAA